AUGAUUCGCGACCUGAGCAAGAUGUACCCGCAGACCAGACACCCGGCACCGCAUCAGCCUGCUCAACCCUUUAAAUUUACAAUAUCCGAGUCCUGUGAUCGGAUUAAGGAAGAGUUUCAGUUUUUACAGGCUCAGUAUCACAGCCUGAAGCUAGAAUGUGAGAAACUGGCCAGUGAGAAGACUGAGAUGCAGCGGCAUUAUGUCAUGUAUUAUGAGAUGUCCUAUGGGUUGAAUAUAGAAAUGCACAAGCAGGCAGAGAUUGUCAAGAGGCUGAAUGCUAUCUGUGCACAAGUCAUUCCUUUCCUGUCCCAAGAGCACCAGCAACAAGUGGUGCAGGCUGUGGAACGGGCCAAGCAGGUGACCAUGGCAGAACUGAACGCCAUCAUUGGGCAGCAACAACUCCAGGCCCAGCAUUUAUCACAUGGACAUGCUCUGCCUGUGCCUCUGACCCCACACCCUUCGGGGCUGCCGCCUCCUACCAUUCCAUCCAUUGGUAGCAGUGCCGGCCUUCUGGCCCUCUCCAGUGCCCUGGGAGGCCAGUCCCACCUUCCAAUUAAAGAUGAGAAGAAGCACCAUGACAGUGAUCACCAAAGAGACAGAGACUCCAUCAAGAGCUCUUCAGUAUCCCCGUCAGCCAGUUUCCGAGGUGCUGAGAAGCACAGAAACUCCACAGACUACUCCUCUGAUAGCAAAAAGCAGAAAACUGAAGAAAAAGAAAUUGCAGCUCGUUAUGACAGCGAUGGUGAGAAGAGUGAUGACAACUUGGUGGUUGACGUUUCCAAUGAGGAUCCCUCUUCCCCUCGAGGGAGCCCAGCACAUUCCCCCAGAGAGAAUGGCCUGGACAAGACUCGCCUGCUCAAGAAAGAUGCCCCCAUCAGCCCAGCCUCAAUUGCAUCCUCCAGCAGUACUCCUUCCUCCAAAUCCAAAGAACUUAGCCUUAAUGAAAAAUCUACUACUCCUGUUUCAAAGUCCAAUACCCCUACUCCACGAACCGACGCACCCACCCCAGGCAGUAAUUCCACUCCUGGAUUGAGGCCUGUAGCUGGAAAACCACCAGGCGUCGACCCCUUGGCUUCAAGCCUAAGGACCCCAAUGGCAGUUCCUUGUCCAUAUCCAACCCCGUUUGGGAUCGUGCCCCAUGCUGGGAUGAAUGGGGAGCUGACCAGCCCUGGAGCUGCCUAUGCAGGGCUGCACAACAUCUCCCCGCAGAUGAGUGCUGCUGCUGCUGCCGCCGCUGCUGCGGCUGCUUAUGGGAGAUCACCAGUGGUUGGAUUUGAUCCACACCAUCACAUGCGUGUCCCAGCAAUACCUCCAAACCUGACAGGCAUUCCAGGAGGAAAACCAGCAUACUCCUUUCAUGUGACGGCAGAUGGGCAGAUGCAGCCUGUCCCUUUCCCCCCCGACGCCCUCAUCGGACCCGGCAUCCCCCGACACGCUCGCCAGAUCAACACCCUGAACCACGGGGAGGUGGUGUGCGCAGUGACCAUCAGCAACCCCACCAGACACGUGUACACGGGUGGGAAGGGCUGCGUCAAAGUCUGGGACAUCAGCCACCCCGGCAAUAAGAGCCCCGUCUCUCAGCUUGACUGUCUGAACAGGGAUAACUACAUCCGUUCCUGCCGAUUGCUCCCUGAUGGUCGCACCCUAAUUGUGGGAGGAGAAGCCAGCACUCUGUCCAUCUGGGACCUGGCCGCGCCAACCCCUCGCAUCAAGGCGGAGCUGACGUCCUCAGCCCCCGCCUGCUACGCCCUGGCCAUCAGCCCCGACUCCAAGGUCUGCUUCUCCUGCUGCAGCGACGGCAACAUCGCCGUGUGGGACCUGCACAACCAGACGCUGGUGAGGCAGUUCCAGGGCCACACAGACGGGGCCAGCUGUAUUGACAUUUCUAACGAUGGCACCAAGCUCUGGACGGGCGGCCUGGACAACACGGUCAGAUCCUGGGACCUGCGCGAAGGGCGGCAGCUGCAGCAGCACGACUUCACCUCACAGAUAUUUUCUCUGGGCUAUUGCCCAACUGGAGAGUGGCUCGCAGUGGGGAUGGAGAACAGUAACGUGGAAGUGCUCCAUGUUACCAAGCCAGACAAGUAUCAGCUCCAUCUGCACGAGAGCUGUGUGCUGUCACUCAAGUUUGCCCACUGUGGCAAAUGGUUUGUGAGCACGGGAAAGGACAACCUUCUCAACGCCUGGAGAACACCGUAUGGAGCCAGUAUAUUCCAGUCCAAAGAAUCCUCAUCGGUGCUCAGCUGUGACAUCUCUGUGGAUGACAAAUACAUUGUCACUGGCUCUGGGGAUAAGAAAGCCACGGUUUACGAAGUUAUUUAUUAA